CGUUGCGAAAAGAUAGGGGGUACAGUAUCAAUGGCACGGGUUGAGAAAGACCACGUCCCUCAGUCGUAGGAUGGCAGUCAGCGCGUGACGAUUGUGGUGGAUGAACGGGAGCAUCGCGCUAACACAUGAAAAGAGACGGAUGUUCGACAUCGUUCGCAGCCGCGUUUACGCGCUGUCACAUGCGGGAGAGUGCUUCUAUGUGUGCCUCUAUGUGUUAUUACGUCGUGUGCGUGUGUGUGCGAGUGCGUGCAAAACGACAAUAGCCGAAUAACGACGAAACGACGACGACACAAUACGACGAAGGAACAAACGGUUUCAACGUUUAAGCAAAUUUGGCUUAUCAGAAAAGUAAUAAUAAUUAACAAUAAUAAAGAUAUAACAAAACGAAGAAAGGCUAUCGUUAUAGAACAUUGUUCCUUGUCACUGUCAAUCGUUGUCAUAACGCGACAAAACAGAUAAGAUAAAAAGGAAAAGAUUUAAAGAAGGGAAGAAAGGAAGAAAGAAAGAAAGAAAGAAAGAAAGAAAGAAAGAAAGGCAGGAAGAAAGAAAGAAAGAAGGGCGGUUUAAUGGGUUCGCAAGCAUCGUCGAUAAUACGGUCGCAUCGCGAAGGAAGACGCGCGCACGAUCGCCCCCUCGCGUAAACGAACGCUACGCCCUAUUCGUCUCGUCUUUCCUCUCGGCUCGUCUCGUCGAAGGUCGGCCGACGUCGUCGCGACGGACCGCGCCGACGGAUAAAACGUUUCGUCGAAGAGCCGUGGGAAUCAGCCGGCGGAAGGAACAGCGCUGCGCUGUGUGUAGUUUUAUACUCGGAGAGAGAGAGAGAGAAAGAGAAAGAGAAAGAGAGAAAGAGUAAGAGCGAGAGAGAAAGAGAGAGAGAGAGAGAGAGAGAGAACGAUCUUUCGCGAGGACAAAGACGAAGGAAGACGAGAUGCUUGAGGCUCGUACAAAGCUUUCGUCUGGACGAAACGGUGAAGGGUCCCUUUGAGAAAAAAGGAGAAAACGUCGGAGGGAGAAAGAGUUUUAGAAGAAAGGAGGUGGAGAAAGAAGAAAAGGAAGAAGUAGAGAAGAGAAAAGAAGAGAAGGGAAGGAAGAGGAAAACGUAAGAACGUGACGUUGGAUUGCCGGUGGGCGAGGCAAAGAGGAAAGGACCGAAGAGAGAUAGAGACAGGCUCACUUUCUCGUUGGUUCUCUCCUUCGGAACGCGAAUUUUUUUUUGUCGAAUAUGCGAUAACGCAUGUACCGACUUGAUAAAUCUAACUUUCCACGAGGAGGAGGGCUUUCCUCGGAGUUGGAUAUACGUUGUUGGUCCAACCCUUGGGUAUCACCCUCCUGACGUGACAUAGAUCCGACUUUGCUGUCGUCUACGUCGUUGUCACCGUUGACAUCCCUAAUCGUUGUCAUCAUUGUUGCACUCGAGUGCAUCCUGAUAAACGAAAGAAAGAAAGAGCCAAAGGAACAAGAUUUGAAAUUUCUUCAAGUUUCUCGCCGAAAGGAAUCUCGGCAUUGUCGUCGUCGUCGUUGUCGUCGUCGUCGUCGUUGUCUUUGUAGUCGUUGUAAUCGUAAUCGUUACGGCCACGACGAUUCCGCGAGUAUUAGGCAGGCCGCGUGGGCGGAGGGUGCCUUUGUGGGUGCCUCGGUGGACUACGCGCGGAAGGUGACACCGGAAGAGGAAGAGAGGAAAGGAAAAAGAGAGAAGAGAAAAGACGAAGUAUCGUUCGUCGUUGACACGAUGAGAGCAUAGCGAGCAAAGACGAGAAAAAGGACGCGCGAGCGCGCAUUGUCCUAUUCCCCUAUUUUAUAUAUAUAUAUAUAUUAUAUAUAUAUAUAUUUUCUAGCCUUCUCCUGCUCCUUCAGAUAGGGAUCUCCUUCUCUCUAUCUCCCUCUUUUCAAGAUGGCUGCCGCUUGCUACGAAAAAGAAUCGGUGGUGGGUGGUACUACGAUGCAUGGCCACGGUCAUCACCAUCAUCACCAUCAUCAUCAUCAUCACCAUCAUCAUGCCGUUAAUUCGAAUUGCGGUACGCCCGGGCAGACGGUUCUACCGGCCGGCUCAAGCGGUAUUCUCGACGCCGUAGCCGCAGCUGCUGCUGCUGCUGCUGCCGCCAACGGACCCGGCUCGAACUCGACCGCUGCAAGCGGUGGUACCGGCACCGCGGCGACGGCUGCAGCGGCCGCGGCCGUAGCAGUAACCACUUACAAGGAUUACAAGGACUAUUCCCAGCCACUUCACGUCGAUUGCAGCGUCGAGUACGAGCUACCGAGCCAAGCGAAGCCACCGCCCGGUGGUGGCGAGCCCCUGCUCAUGAUACACCCCUGCUAUUAUCGACGAGCCGAACGAGAAAGAAGAAGUCCCUUCGUCAACAAUCUACCACCACCGACGAACACCCACUCGAUGUCCUCCUCCUCUUCCUCGAGAAGGAUCUCCAGGCGUACCACCGCCUCUUCAGCGACUUCGGCAGUCGCUGCAGUUGCCUCAGUAGUAGUACCAGCCACCGUCGUAUCAUCCGUCUCUACCUCCACCGUUUCCUCGAGUUCUGCAUGUACCGCCGCGAUGGUUGCACCGAGCACCGAUGCUCUCGGGACGAGCCUUAUAUCUUCGACCAACGGCCAGAUGUCUUCAGUCGCCGUGGCUGCCUCCUAUAGAGCCGCUCUCAAUGCCGCUGCUGCGGUUUCUCAACAGCAGGCUCAACAACAACAACAGCAACGACGUCACCAACAUCAGCAGCAGCAACAACAGCAACACGCGCUUCAUCACACUCAGCAUCGAACACAUCCAACUCAUCCGCUUCACCAACAGCAACAGCAACAACAACAGCAGGUCCAACAACAACAACAACAGCAGCAGCAACAACAACAACAACAACAGCAGCAGCAACAACAGCAGCAGCAAUCUCAAAAUUCGAUUACGCCGACAACUUCGGCUUCCGACCUCAUUUCUGCCGACGAAAAGGCAGUUAUAUCAGGUAUUUAUCAACACUACUUCCGGGCGAUGCGAGCCCAUAACCAUCAGCAUCGACAGCAACAACAGCAACAGCAGGUCCAACAACAACAACAACAACAACAACAACAGCAGCAGCAGCAGCAACAACAACAACAACAACAGCAUCAUCAUCAUCGUACGCAUCAACUUCAUCAACAGCAACCUCACCAAAGCGACAGAAGUUCCUCCUCUUCGUCUGCCACGUCAACGACCACUUCGGUAUCCGGUAUCCUACGGCCAAGUUAUCAACAAGCGUAUAGCGUAUCGACCAGCUCGAACUCAUCGAGUCAUCAUCGUUCACUUACGGCGUCCGUCCUAGCGCAUCAUCCUUACAGGCGACCAACCUCGACAUUAUUAUCGCGAACAACGUCGCAUCUCGGGCAGCAGGCUUCCUCUUCUUCCUCUUCCAUAAACUCGUCCACCAUCAGUGCUUCCAACGGCGUCACGUCCAGUGCCGUUUCUAGCGUGUACGCCGGUGCGAUACAUAGGCAUCACGCGACCUCAUUGCAUGCCCUUCAAGCGGCGGGCUUCUACGAGACGCCCGGUUAUCACGCUCUCCUACCCCAAAGCUAGACAAUCGAGAACGGCUUCUCUGAUCAGCCAAUGCGUCGUUCAUUCGGAGAAUCGAUCUCUCCUUUCGACGCCACUAACCUCUUCAUUCCGGUAUCGUGAAAAGGUAAUCGCAAAGUUGUCCCUACUACUUCUACGCAGAAGAAGACCCAACCCUCGUCAGAUCCUACCCUCUUUAACGUUUCACCCUUGUCAACCUUAUAUUCCUAUCUCGUUGUAAUUUUCCAGGACGGAGAGCUUAAGUUCACAACAGCUGGUGAUGGUCGACCGGGUAGACGGAAAAAAGAUGACGUGUAGUGUAAAUGUCCUCGAAAAU